UCAAUAUUCUUCAUCUCUGGAUUGUACAACUACAUCGAAGCCUUAAUCACAAUAAUAGGGUCGACUAUAUAAACCAAAAUUUCAUACCGCAUAUUCAUAUUAUUAAGUAUAACAUCCUCACGAGGAGACUACCUAAUAAUGAGGCCGACGUAAGAAUCAUAGUAAGGGCAGUUUGAUGACAGAACUGAUGACUUGUCAGGCUUGUACCUCAAGCAGAUCCCUCUUUUUUAUGUGUUGUUGCUCAUUGCUUAGUUAAGUACUCCAACCUGCAGAAAAGCAUAGCAACCAGCAUAAUAACAUACAUAUAAUAAUAAUUAUAAUAUCAUGUAAUAUGAAAAAGAAGGAAGCUGUUGAAGGAAAGAGACACAAAACUUUAUAAUAUAUACCAAAUUUCAAUGUACAAAAAAUUUAAUUAUAAACUGAAAGAGACAACCUGGAAGAUCACCCAACACCUCCUCCCUAGAAGGUAAAAAAGGGAAGAUUAAAAAAAAAUAUAGGAGAGAGAAAGGGAAAGAAGAAGAGGAAGAAAAGAACAUAAAACUAUGAACUAACCUUAAGCACAAAGCUAUAGUUACACCUACUUCUGUUCAAUCUUUUCUUUUAAGCAAAAAUCUCAAACACUACAAUCAGAGAAUCACACAAUCUUUUCAAAGAAGCAUAAUUUCUACCUUUUUUCUGUAUCUAUUUUGAGUGCCUAAAGAAAAGGUAAACUCCCUGGUGUUAGCUGUGUAACUCUGAUGGGGUCGAUUCAGACUCCGAUUCCAGUUCGUAGUUCGGGUUUACUCGAAAAUUCAUGCGGAUAUCUACUUCAAGAAUUGCAGAUGAUAUGGGAUGAAGUUGGAGAAGAUGAAUUCGAAAGGGAGAAGGUCUUACUUGACAUUGAGCAGGAGUGUCUGGGGGUUUACAGAAAGAAGGUUGAUUAUGCUAACAUGGCGAGAUCACGACUGCAUCAGGAACUGGCUGAAUCUGAGUCUGAGUUUACGCAGCUUCUUCUGUCACUUGGCGAACGCUCUCUCCCUGAAAGGCCGGAGAAGAAGGCAGGAACUCUAAGACAACAGAUAGAUUCAAUCACCCCAGCUUUAAGUGAGAUGCGGCAAAGAAAAAGAGAGAGGAUGAACCAGUUCCAAGCAGUUCAAGGGCAGAUACAAAAAAUUAAAGCAGAGAUAUCAGGUCUUUCAGAAUAUGAUGACUCUGCAUCAAUUAUGAAGGUCAAUGAGAAUGAUCUUUCAUUGAAGAGACUUGAGGAAUAUCAAGCCGAGCUUAAAAAACUCCAAAACGAGAAGAGUACCAGACUCCAAAAGGUGGAAAGAUAUACAAACCAAAUCCAUGAUCUGGCUGCAUUAUUGGGAACGGAUUCCUCGAUGACUAUUACAAAGAUUCAUCCAAGCUUAAACGAGUUGUGUGGCAUAGCCAAAAAUAUAAGUGACAACAUUUUGGCUAAACUCGAGGAUACUGUGAAGUCUCUAGAAGAAGAAAAGCAGAAACGCAUUGAGGAGCUUCAUCAUUUAGGUGAAGCGUUGUUAGACAUGUGGAAGCUUAUUGAUACACCAGAAAAAGAGCGCCAACCUUUUUUCCAUGUUGUUAACUUAUUGGUAGUCCCAUUUGAAAAAAUAACAAAACCUGGAACCCUCACCACCAGCAUCAUCCAACAGGCUGAGACUGAAGUAAAGAGACUAGAUGAACUAAAAGCAAGCAAGAUGAAAGAGCUAUUCCACAGAAAACAGUUUGAGCUUCAAGAAAUAUGCAGUAGAUCACACAUGGAAAUUCCUUCGCCGUCUGAAAUGGAAAACAUUACACACCUUGUAGACUCAGGGACAAUUGACCUUGUCCAUCUCCUCAAAAGCAUGGAUGAACAGAUUGCUAAAGCUCAAGAAGAGGCUUCAAGCAGGAAAGCUAUAAUGGAACGGGUAGAUAAGUGGAUAUUGGCACGUGAUGAAGAACGGUGGUUGGAAGAAUAUAACAGGGAUGAAAACCGAUAUUCUGUCAGCAGAGGUGCUCACAAGAAUCUAAAACGUGCUGAACGAGCCAGAGUUACAGUCAUCAAGAUCCCAGCUUUGAUAGAUAUGUUGAUCUCAUUGACUAGAGAAUGGGAAGCAGAAAGAAAUAAAGUGUUUUUAUAUGAUGAGGCACCUCUUCUAGCUAUGUUGGAAGAAUAUAUUGCAUUGCGACAGGAAAAGGAAGAAGAGAAGCAAAGAUUAAGGUUAGAAAAGAAAAAGGUAGAAAAUGUACACAAUAAUCUCUCAUUGAGCCCCAGACCAGGCACCAGUGCUCGCCGUAUCCCAAACAAAAAUUUGAAUGGUAGUUUCAGCAAUGGAUCCCCUACAAAAAGGAACUUGAACGGCAGUCCUUUAAACAGGAGACUAUCAUUGGGUGCACAACAAGCAGGAUCAAACAGCUUCAACCCACGGAGUCUGGGCACAUCAUUCAUGCAGGAAGGAAUCAAACCACCAAGACAGCAAAUGUAUGCCCAAUCUGAAUAUGUGUCUCACCUAAGAGAUGAAACAGCUUCAGUUGUGUCCACCUUUUCCGGACCCUUAUCUCCUGAAAUCUGAGACCACUUACAGGAAAUACAUAAGUGUGUAAUAUAGCAUAGAUCUGAGAGUUUUGUGAAAAAAUAACGUCGGAAAUUCUGACUGCAUCCCCACCACCCCACCCCCUCUUGCUUGCCCAUAUAUACUUUGUAAAGUGCCCUGCAUUCAGUCAAGAGGUAAUGUAUGUAGUGUUUCACUAGACCAGUGUGUGUAAUAUAGAGCUUUCUCUUAAUCUCUUAUCAA